GGACAACUAAGAAGAAUUGAUAAUAUUUAAGGUGGAAGUGCUAGAAUGAUUUACUGCUUUAGUAACAUUUAGUUAGAGUUGAUGAAAUUUGGAGCUGCUCUCUGGUUCUACAGAUGAAGUUGGGCUUCGACCGGAUGCUGUGAUACGCCACCGUGUCCGCUGUAUUGAUUUAUUAAACAAAUCAGCUAAGCCAUUGAUGUCAGGUUCUAGUGAGACCAGAAAAGAAUCAAGACUGUUUGUCUAAACAGUGGGCAGUCUUUAUAAAGGCAGUAAACAGGCGUUAGCCUGAUUAUUGCAAGUGGUAAAAUGUGGGCUACCUCUAGUGACUGGAGGACCACCAGCACCCCUUUUACACUAAGGACUUAGAAGUGGGAAAAAUACUGAAACAUUUAUGAAAUGAAAUUAUUCUCCUGAACUUCAUCACCAACAACCAGGAUAUUUAACUAAGAGCAAUGUUAAACUGCUGAAAGAGUUGAAGCACAAGCCGUCCUGAAGAGCCUCCAGAACACGCAGAAACAGUUUGCUACAUUUAACAGACAAAUGAAGCCAAGUCCUGACAUGGAGAAACAGCAGCACUCUGUCAAGAGUUUUACUAAACAGAGUACUCUCAAAAUUCACCAGCGCAUUCACACAGGAGAGAAACCGUAUUACUGCUCAGACUGUGGGAAGAGUUUUACUAAACAGAGUCAUCUCAAACUGCACCAGCGCAUUCACACAGGAGAGAAACCGUAUUACUGCUCAGACUGUGGGAAGAAUUUUAAUCAACAGAGUGAUCUCAAAAAUCACCAGCGCAUUCACACAGGAGAGAAACCAUAUUACUGCUCAGACUGUGGGAAGAGUUUUACUAAACAGAGUAAUCUCAAAAUUCACCAGCGCAUUCACACAGGCGAGAAACCAUAUUACUGCUCAGACUGUGGGAAGAAUUUUAAUCAACAGAGUCAUCUCAAACUGCACCAGCGCAUUCACACAGGAGAGAAACCUUAUUACUGCUCAGACUGUGGGCAGAGUUUUAGUCAACAAAGUACUCUCAAACUGCAUCAGCACAUUCACACUGGAGAGAAACCGUAUCACUGCUCAGACUGUGGGAAGAGUUUUACUAAACAGAGUGAUCUCAAAAAACACCAGCUCAUUCACACAGGAGAGAAACCAUAUUACUGCUCAGACUGUGGGAAGAGUUUUACUAAACAGAGUAAUCUCAAAAUUCACCAGCGCAUUCACACAGGCGAGAAACCAUAUUACUGCUCAGACUGUGGGAAGAAUUUUAAUCAACAGAGUACUCUCAAACUGCACCAGCGCAUUCACACAGGAGAGAAACCGUAUCACUGCUCAGACUGUGGGAAAAGUUUUACUACACAGAGUAGUCUCAAAAUUCACCAGCGCAUUCACACAGGAGAGAAACCGUAUUACUGCUCAGACUGUGGGAAGAAUUUUAAUCAACAGAGUACUCUCAAACUGCACCAGCGCAUUCACACAGGAGAGAAACCUUAUUACUGCUCAGACUGUGGGCAGAGUUUUAGUCAACAAAGUACUCUCAAACUGCACCAGCGCAUUCACACUGGAGAGAAACCGUAUCACUGCUCAGACUGUGGGAAGAGUUUUACUAAACAGAGUGAUCUCAAAAAACACCAGCGCAUUCACACAGGAGAGAAACCGUAUCACUGCUCAGACUGUGGGAAGAGUUUUACUGAACAGAGUACUCUCAAAAAACACCAGCGCAUUCACACAGGAGAGAAACCGUAUCACUGCUCAGACUGCAGGAGGAGUUUUACUACACAGCGUUAUCUCAAAAAACACCAGCGCAUUCACACAGGAGAGAAUACUAUCCCAAAUUUGUCCCACGGCAAUUAAAAUAGCAUAAUGCUAUUAAUUGCUAGGCCCACUGUAAGAAUAUGGAGGAGUUUUGUCUUACUAUGUUCAUUGUUCAUUGACUAAAGGGUUAAUCUGUGUGUUACUAAAGAAGCAUUUUACUUAAUCAGUAUGUUACUCAAGCAUUUAGCAUGAUUCCUGAUUAUUCAAGUAUAUUGUGUCUUUGUGCUUAACGCACAAGGCCAGGUUUUUUCUUGCAACUCAGCAUGAUUGAUUCCACAGAUGUCCAGCGAUACUGUGUUGUUGUUGUUUUUUUUUUUUCCCCAAUGGAGACUAGACUUCUGGUACAUGUAAUCUAUAGCUGAGAAGGUUGAGGUGACCAGGUUCUCAGCUGACGUAUAGGAUGAAAAACUGCUUAGGUGUCAAGAUGUGGGGUAAGCUACUUCCCACACGUACGAUUGGACUAAGGUCAGGUCCUUGUCUGUACUUAUUAGACUGGGCUGCUUAGUGAGGGGUUGAGUUGGGCGGGGGUAAGCUUCUCUCUUCAGGAGAGCGGGAAGUCCUGGUCAGACAGCUGAGAACUCUGGAAACCUCAAUUUUCUCUCACCUUUGGGGUUUUCCUCUUAUUUUCACCUUUUUAAUUUCAAUUAAUUUUUAAUCAUCUUUUUUACUAAUUUUUGAUGUAUCAAAAAAAAACUGUUUUGCUCUGAAGAUUCUUUGAAUAAAAUCUGACAGAACUACAAUUUUGGACUGGAUCGCCUUUUCUUCUUUAUGACGUAUCAUGCCAGAUACAUUAGAAUUCGAACAGCAGAUCAAUAAUCUUUCAAUGGCGAACACAGCCCAGGAUUUUUGAGAUCUGGAAACUUUCAUCAAAGCACGACUGGAGGACCAAGUUGACAACCAGAACAGACGACAUCGCAAGGUGCAUCACGCAGCCCAAGGGGGUUCAGCGGAAGCUGUGCGAGGCAAGCAUGGAUGUAAUAAGAGUCGGCACAUCUGCAAUCCACCUCAUGAUGUGAAUAUAAGGUUGUUUUUGUUGUCAGAGUUGUCAGGAUGAAGGGUGUAUUUUGCGGCUUCAAUUACUACAUUUUAUAUUGCUAAAGUUGAAAAUUUCAUAUCUCAAACUAAAAGAACUUAGACAAUUACAAUUUGGAAGUAUUCCAAAUUGUCAUGCAUUACAUUGGGUAAUUUUAUUAUUCUGGUGAUGGGUUUAAAAUGGUGAAGGUCUUGCUAUGUGUGCGAGGUUUUCCUUAUUUUGGUUUUGUGAAGUGGCAAGAUGGGCAAUACGGUGUUGCUGGUUCUAGCGAUAUUAACAGCAAGUGUUUUGCUAGCUAUGUUUCAGUGGCAAUUGAGAUCGUCAGUACUAUAAUUCUGCUGGUUUUGUUUUUCCUGCUGCGUGGUUUUGCUGCUGUGUGUGACCAUUUCUUACUAAACAUACUGAGAUGGGGAAAAAGGAAGAUUUCUCCUUGUGCCAGUAUGUGGCUAAGCAGAUCACUAAACACAGGGUUGAGGAGAGUAUUGUUCAGGAUUCAGCAGAAGCGGAGGAUUUACUGAGUGAUGUAGAAUCAACUUUGUCAAAAACCAUGUCCAUAAGCCAUACCUGUCAAGUUUUAGAUUUAAAAAUAAGGGAUAUUUUCCUCUGUCCGCUUAAAGCCGUCCCACCAGCCCAACGAAGGUUCAGUAUCUCUUACAUUUUAAAACAGGUUUACAAAAAAUCUAAAAUAACCACAUGUGAACCACUUACACACUACAAUUAGAUUAUCAGAAUCUGAACAUGUUGUGGACAUUCCUACAUAUGUCAUUCUUUUAAUACAGCCAAAUUAAAAACCCUUUUCUAUAUAUUU